CGCUGAGCGCGAGCGGGCAACAGGCAUUUGUUGCCCAGAGAACGAACUAUGAGGUGAGACCGAGCAUACGAAAGCAUUGGUGCCCUACCCUCGACGCCGUCGCUCCGACCCCGGAAAGGCUGCCUCGCGCAACACAAGGGGCGCCGCGCGGCUGCUGCCAUGGCGCCUUCUUCGCUGGAGAGGAGUGGGCCGCCGCGCGGCCGCAGCGCGCCGUACACGCCGGCCCGCUCGCACCGCGGGGUCCCAACGAGCCCCCUUGACAAAAGCGGCGGCCCCACGCCGCCUUUUUAUCAAAACCACGCCCCGCGGAAAAAGGCCGACAAAUCCCACACAGGUGUUCCCGGUGCCUCGUCGCCCUCGCGGCGUGCGGUGAUGCGCUGUCGCCCUUCCAGAUCCUGAAGAGCCCGAUCAAGAAGCUGCUCGGCAAGGACGCGGCGGCGCCCGCGACGGGCGCGCCGGACCCGUUCCUCAAGGACUUCUCGCGGCCCAUGUCCAUCCCGGAAGAGGGCAUCGCGGCGGCCGUCGAGGUCAUGCGCGGCGGCCGCCUCUUCCGCUACUGCGCGACGUCGGCGGAGACGUCGCACGUCGCCCAGGCCGAGAAGGAGUUCGCCGCGAUGGUGAACCAGAAGUACGCGCUCGGCGUCAACUCCUGCUCGUCGGCGAUCAUGCUCGCGCUCAUGGCCGUCGGCGUCGACCCCGGCGACCAAGUGAUUACGAACGGCUUCACCUUUACGGCUUUACCGUCGACGAUCAUGCGCUUGGGCGCGGAGCCGGUCCUCGUGGAAGCCACGAAGUCCUGGACCAUGGAUUUGGACGACCUCGAGAAGAAGAUCGCCGCGUUCCCGGACGCGAAAGUCUUGCUCUUAUCGCACAUGCGCGGCAAGGUCUGCGACAUGGACCGGGUGGUGGAGAUCUGCGAGAAGAACGGCAUCACGUUGGUGGAGGACUGCGCCCACUCCUGCGGCGUCACGUGGCGGGGCAAGCAGUUGGGGUACCACGCGAAGGUCACGGCCUACUCGACGCAGUCGGACAAGGUCAUCAACUCUGGCGAGGGCGGCUUCAUCACGACCGACGACGACGAGAUCGCGGCCAAGAUCAUCUACCUCUCGGGCUGCUACGAGCGCCGCUACGGCAAGCACGCCGUGCGGCCGGCCGACGAGCUCUGCGAGGUCGCCAUGGCCGAGAUGCCGAACCUCUCCUGCCGCAUGAACGAGGUCACGGCCGCCGUCAUGCGCCCGCUCAUCAAGAACCUGCCCCAGCGCGUCGAGGACUACAACCGCCGCUACGACUCCGUCGUCAAAGUACUGAGGGAGGAGGCCGGCGAUAUUAUUGUGGUGCCCACCCAGGAUGAAAGAGUGGGCACGGUCGGCGACCACCUGAACUUCUACCUCACGGGCGUCACGGACGAGCAGAACGCGCUCUUCCGGCAGACGUGCGUCGCCAUGGGCGUGCCCGUGUCCUGGUUCCAGUCGCAAGUCAACGCGCGGUGGCACGUGAACUGGCGCAAGUACGGCUCGCCGACGUUCGACCUCCCGAACACGGACGAGGUGCUGCGCUUCGCCUACGACCUCAAGAUGCCGCCGUACUUCGACGACGCGGACUUCCCGGCCUUCGCGCGAGUGAUCGCGUACGCCGCCCGGGUGGCCGCCGGCGACGACGACCUCUGAGCGCGCCAGGGCGGUGCCUGAAGAAUUCCUCUCCUCUUGCCGGCCGCCGCUCGCCGACGCCCCCCGUCGACGACCCCCUCUGCCGCCAACCCCGCGAAGUUUUAACAUGUUCCGCUCGCAAA